AUGUCUGCAGCAUCUACAGAUGAGCUUUGGAUUGGACUGAAUGACAUAAGGACAGAGAGGCUGUUUGACUGGAGUGACCACUCUACUGUCAGUUUCACCAGCUGGGAGUAUGGGGAACCUGAUGUUUCCACUGAUUCAGAGGACUGUGUUCUAAUCAGGGGAGAGAAAGGGAACUGGGCGGAUCGCUCGUGUGAUGAGAAACAUGCCUUUAUCUGUAUGAAGCAGAGUGCCACUGAACCCACGGGAGAUGAAGUAGAAGUGGAUAUAGGCUGCAAAGUUGGUUGGAAAAGGCAUGGCUCCUACUGCUACUUUGUCGGAACAGAGACAAAGACGUUUGAUGAAGCUAAAGACGACUGCAAGAGCUCAGACUCCUACUUAGCAGAUGUUUCCAGUGGGGUGGAUAAUGCAUUCCUUGUCAGCUUGGUGGGGUUGAGACCAGAGAAAUACUUCUGGCUGGGCCUCUCAAACCAGAAAAACAUUGACGAAUUUGUGUGGACCAACACAGACUCAGUGAGAUUUACUCACUGGAACGCUGAAAUGCCAGGUUACCAACAGGGCUGUGUUGCCAUGACAACUGGGGUUUUAGCUGGCCUCUGGGAUGUGCUGCCCUGCACCAAUAAGGAGAAAUACAUCUGCAAACACCUGGCGGAGGGGGCGGUUUUGACUGUUGCACCACCAACUCAAACCCCUCCCCAGUGUGAGGACGGCUGGACUCGAGUGGGAACAAGAAACGUCUGCACUAAGUUUUUUACAGGACCCAGAGCAAAUGAGAAGACCUGGUUUGAGGCCAGAGAUUACUGCAGGGCCAUCGGAGGAGACCUGCUCAGCAUCCACAGCUCCACUGAGCAACUAGUGAAACGGUAUGAGCUGGUUAAAUACAAUUUCAAGUUAUAA